AUGCCACCUCCAGGCAAACGUCGUAGUGUGGGGGCCGACACUACCAAACUACAGUUGCAGAGGACUCAGGCUAAACGAAGAAAGAUCAAUGGUAAUACUAACCGUAAGGAACAGAAUCGACACGUAUUUGCUGGGUUUGCUGAACGUAUUAAAACUAUCAAUGCCACUGUUACUAAUAAUCACGAAUACUUGGACACACUGUCCGACGAGUCACUCCAUACAUCCUAUUUACUACAAGAAUGCCGUAGAUGGCGUUUGGAGAACAGGACAGCUGAUUUCGAUGCAGCCUUGAGGGAGUUGCUACCCUUGGUUCGUACAAUGCCUCAUAUACUCCAUCACUUGGAUAAAAUAUGCAGCAUAUUCGUAAAGCAUCUCCGGAAGGAGAAAUCCCUAGCAUUAGAGCCUUUAUUGGGCAUGCUACCGGUCUUGGCCCGUGAUACGAGAGGGGAGCUCAUGCCCUACUUUGUGGAUACCAUAUUUGGUACAUUAGUGUGGCUAUUGGAGACUAGACUAGAGGAUCCUGAUGCUAUGGAGUGGAUAUUUCAAUGUAUGGGAUAUCUAUUCAAGUAG